GAUUCCAUCAAAAUCAAAGAGUAGUCUCUUGAAUCAAAUCUUCGUAAUUUCAAUCAUCCUUUGCAAAGAGCGUCAUUAUCUGAAGAUGGGUGUUUUCUAUGUAUGGAAGGCAGUUCUUUUACUUUGCUUUGUAUCGACCAUCUCAGCUGUUCAUUGGCCAGACGGAACAUAUACUUUGAUCAAAUCAGAUGCCGGAUGUCCAUCGAAUUGGCUGGAGGGAUGGCGAUUUCAGGACAAUGAAAACGACAAUAACAAGAACAAGAUAGAUGUCGGAAAUUACUUCUUUGGUAUAACUGAGCAGAGCCCUAGCAAUUUCAAUUUCUCCUACUGUACCAAGGAUCCUCAAGAUUUUAGCAACGGGAAAAAAUGGCCUCCUGGAAGUUACUGUAUCAUUAGACACGGAAACGCAUGUCCUGGAGGUUUCGAAAAUGGAAGCAUUUUUUGGGAUGACGAAAACGACAAUAACAAGAACAGUGCUGGCGGAAUAUUACCAAGUGGACAAUUUAAACAAGACACGCUGAUUAACUAUUGCUGCAGGAGAGACGGUAAAUUCAGUUCACCAAUCGAGCUGCCGACGUCCCAAGCAUUCCAUCUGCUUAAGUUUAUCUACCCUUGCCAGGCGGUCAAAGGAAUGUCCGUCAAGGAGAUACGAGUAGAUUUUGACGACGAAAAUGACAAUAAUAAAAACCAGGUGCACGAAAUGCAUCCCGUUGGAUCGCACCCCGGUAAACAAGACAACACCCUCAUUUACUGCUACUAUAGCCCAAAAUAAGAAUAUUGUCAUCUUACAAAGUCUAGCUUCUCUGUUGUCUCAAGGCCUUGAUUAGUAUGAGAUUUUCCGAUACCAUGUACAUGUACGUGAAAUAUUACGAUUUAGCAAAAUCUUGAUAUACAUGUACUUUUAUUUAUUGCAGUAAAACUUUCAUACUUUGA